AUGCUGCGUCCAGCGUGCGCCUUCGCCCUCCUCGCCGGUUCCGUGGAGCCGCUUCAGCUGCUGCCGCCUCGGCAGCCACCGCGCACUUGCCGCGCUGCGGUAUCCUCCGUUGUCUGCACAGCGGCCCAGCGCAGCCUGGCUCGCGACCUGAGUGAGGAGCAAAGGGCGGCCGCCGGCGUGCCCAAGGUGGCGCCUUCUGCGGCCGAGCACGCCCAGGUGCUGUUGGCGGACCUCAUCGCCGUCGAGGAGCUGAGCGGUGCCGCGCCCGACACCGAGCUCUUUGAGCGCGCCAUCCGCGCGCACGCCGAGGCGGGCCUGGUGGAGGAGUGCCUCUCGCUGCUGCGGAGGAUGCGGCGCGCGCGCAAGACGCCGUCGCUCGAGAGCUACGCGCUGGUCGUCUCCGCCCUCUCCGCCGCCGGCCGGCCGCGCGAGGCCGCGCGCUGGCUCCGGCGCGUCGUCGAGCCGUCGGUGUCUCAGCUGCUGCUUCGGCGCUCAAAGGCGCCGCCUCGCCGCUCCGAGUACAACCGCGCGAUGGCGGCGUACGGCGCGGCGGGGCUGCCGCACGAGGUGAUGGAGACGCUGCGCACGAUGGUCGGCGAGGGCGAGCACCGCCCCGACCUCCGCUCCUUCAACGCCCUCAUCGCCGCGCACGCCAACGCCGGCGAGCUCGGGCCGCGGCGUCGUCUCCUCCAGGAUCAGACGUCUCGGAGCCUCCUCGGACGCUCCGUAGGCCAGCCGGACCGCGCCGCCGCGGUGAUGGCGGAGAUGCGCCUGGCGCCGAACAUCACCGCGGACAUCCGCGCCCACUCGGCUCUGGUUGAGGCGUUUGCGGUGGCGGGGCGGGUGGCGGAGGCGGCGGGGGCGCUGCAGGCGGCGCGCGACGCGGGCCUCGCGCCGACAGUGGUGACGUACGCGUCUGUGGCCAAGGGGCACGCGAUGCGCGGCGAGUACGAGGCGGCGAGCGGCGUGCUGGACCAGAUGGAGGCGGACGGGGUGGCGCCCAACGUGCCAACCUUCCACGCGCUGCUCUCGGUCUGCGCACGGGCCGGCGAGGCGGACGAGGUCACUUUCUCUUCGAUGAUUUCGCUCUCGCCGGGCGCGUCGACGGCGCCCGCGCGCGCGGCGGAGUGGUUGGGCGCGAUGAAGCAGCUCGGGCUGCAGCCGGACGCGCAGUGCUUCAACAAGGUGCUGGCGUGUUGCGCGCGCGCGCGGCUGCCGGAGCUUGCAGAUGAGUGGCUCGACAAGAUGGAGGUGGCGGGCGUGCCGCCCAACUUGGUGUCGUACUCGACCACGAUCGCCGCGUACGCGAAGACGGCGCAGCCGGACGAGGCGGCGGCCGUGCUGCGCCGAAUGACCGCGCGCGGCAUCGCGCCCGACACGAUCCUGCUCAACCAGCUGCUCGAGUCGCUCGUUCGCGCCAGCCGGCCGGCGCAGGCGGCGGCGCUCCUCUCCCGCUUCCGGCGAGGCGAGCUCGGCCCGCCGCCCGACUGCUGUUCGUACACGAUCGUGCUGUCGGCGCUCGCGCGCGAGGGAGACGUCGCCCGCGCCGCGAGCUGGUUCCGCACCAUGACGGCGGAGGACGGCAUCGCGCCGGACCUGAUGUGCUACAACGGCCUCAUCCGCGGCUUCGCGGGCCAGGGCGAGCUCGACGAGGCGAUGCGGCUAUACGACCGGCUGCGGCGCGAAGGGCUCUCACCGGACGAGUGGACGUACGGGCCGCUCCUCGACGGUGCGCGCGCCGCCCGCGCCUCGCGGCUCGCGCGCUCGCUCGGCGCGCAGAUGCUCGGCCGCUCGCCGCCGGUGCUCUCCUCCUUCUGCUUGGUCGCGCUGCGCCGCUCGAUCGGCGCCUCGGGCCUGCGGGCCGUCUGCCGCGAGUGCGGCGUGCUCGACCAGCCCGCCGUGAGGCAGGCGCUGGGGAAGGCGCCCCUCCAGGGAGCCCGCCGCGGGUGAGGACUCUCAGGUCGUGUGACGUGCGUCGUGCCACGCAGGGAAAUUAGGACCGAUGUCUUGAGAGAGCAUCAGCGUAGCUAGGAGAAAAACAUGUGAGACGGCGCUGCCGAUCCGUC